AACAUGCACUAUCACUGAUAUUAGUUCUGUAACAGUAACAUCCAUUAUAACCUGUUCAACAGAAACACCUACUUUGAAUGCUUGCCCUGAUAACGAACAGGUGCCUGAUGAUUGCGAUAAAUGCGAACAAACAACAACAAUAACUUGCACACCUACUUCAACCGUUUGUGCUCCUACCUGUUCUCCUAUUGGAAGUCCCUGUGAAUUUCAUAAUCAAUGUUGCAGUUCAAUUUGUAGUCCUCAACUCGGCUGCGUACCUUCUGGAAAAGCUCCAGAAAAAUAA